AUGGCGCCGUUGCCGGGGACUGAUUUCAGUCCCUUACUUGUUGAGUUGGGCCAAAGAAUUGAACGUUUGAAAGGCAACACUUUGGACAACUUUGUGCCAUCUAGUUCAUCCCUUGUCCGAGAGGAAGAGGAAGGAACUUCAUCUAGUUCCACAAGUGCAACUUCUGAGCACAUUCAUUGGGAAAGAGACGAGAUGGCUGCCAACCAAGAUGAACUUAGAGCCUUGGAGGACUUUGCUCAACCAAUCAUACCAAACUCUCCUUCAUGCAUCUUGUUGUCCACGGAAGCUAGAAACUAUGAUCUUAAAUCUUCACAUUUUCAUAUGCUUCCUUCUUUUUAUGGCAUACCUAAUGAAGAUCCGUUAGCUCAUGUUAAAGAGUUUUACAAUGUUGUGAGUGGUUUACCUUUGCAGGGAGUAAGUGAAGCCAAUUUGAGGAUGAGAGUGUUUCCUUACACUUUGAAAGACAAGGCCAAGAGUUGGUUGAUGACUCUAGCUCCGGGUUCACUCACCACAUGGGAUGCCGUGGCUAAGAAGUUCUUGGAGAAGUUCUUUUCCACUCAAAAGACAGCCACAUUAAGGGGACAAAUCUUCAAUUUCAAACAAGAUGAUGGAGAACCCUUCAAUGAGUGUUGGGAACGUUUUAAAGGACUCUUGUUGCAAUGUCCACACCAUGGGUUACCUCUUCACUUACAAAUGCAAAUUUUUUAUGAUGGACUAACCCAAACUUGUCAAUCAACCGUGGAUAAUGCCGCAGGUGGAGCAUUGAAGAAAAAGAAUGCUCAAGAGUCAUACAACAUCUAUGAGAUGUUGGGAUCUAAUGCUCAACACAAAGAUGUAAGAGGUAAGAAACUUGGAGUGUAUGAAACAAAUGCUAAUCAUGAUCUUUCUUUGCAGGUAGCUAACCUAGAAAGAAAGCUUGAAUCCGUGCUCAACUUGGUGCCAAAACCAAAUGAGGUGUGUGCCAUUUGCAACAUACCAAGCCACCCUACUCAUCAAUGUCCAUCUAGGGAGGCCUAUCCCGAGUUUGUCCAAGAACAAGUGAACCUCAUGAAUUCUUACAAUCAAAGGCCAAGGAAUGAUGCAUUUUCAAACACAUAUAAUCCGGGGUGGAGAGAUCAUCCCAACUUUUCAUGGAAGAACAACAACAACUACCAAAACUUCCAACCAAAACCUGCCUCUACACUUGAAGAUACGGUUAAGUGUUUGGCUCAAAACACCUUGCAAUUCCAACAAGCCACAAAUAGCACCUUCCAACAACAUUCUGCUGCCCUAACCAAAAUGGAGACACAACUCGGGCAGAUUGCAGAUGCCUUGAACCAAAGAGAGGUUGGCAAAUUUCCAAGCCAACCCGUGAUACUUCAAAGGAACCAAGAGCAAGCCAAAGCAAUCACUACACUCAGAAAUGGUAAGGUUAUUGAUAAUAGAGUUGGAAAUGAAGUUACUAAUGAAUUUGAUCAUGUGAAUGUAGGUGGAAAUGAGAAACCAAAUGAGGAACCAAGCCAUGCUUCUUCCUCAAAUGAAGCACCAAAUCUUCACAAGGCCGAGAAGCCUUACACUCCACCAAUACCAUUCCCUGGAAGACUUGCUGAGAGCAAGCAUGAUAAGUCAUUUAAGGAAAUUUUUGAUAUUCUAAGUAAGGUGAAUGUUAACUUACCCUUGCUUGAUGUCAUUAGGAACAUGCCGGCUUAUGGGAAGUUCUUCAAAGAGUUAAACAAUUACAAAAGGAAGUAUGGACCCCAUGAGAAAGUAGUAGUGUCGGAGAAUGUAAGUGCGGUGUUACAAAGGAAACUUCCACCAAAGCUCAAAGAUCCGGGGAGUUUCUCUAUCAACAUCACCAAUGGGGACAAGAAAGUGGAGAAGGCCAUGCUUGAUUUGGGUGCUAGCAUCAAUUUAAUGCCAUACUCCGUGUACCUUCAACUAGGUUUGGGGGAAUUGAAAUCCACAACCAUUUCAUUACAACUUGCGGACAGAUCCGUGAAGUAUCCAAGAGGUAUAGUUGAGGACAUUCUAGUUCAAAUUGAUAAACUCAUAUUGCCUGCAGAUUUUGUAGUGUUGGACAUGGAGGAAGCACCUAUACAUGAUAGAGAGUUGCCUAUUUUGCUUGGAAGACCAUUCAUGGCCACGGCCAAGACCAUCAUUGAUGUGCAAAAUGGACUCCUCACUAUGUCCGUGCUAGGAGAAACUGUCCAAUUCAAAGUGUUUGAGUCUCUUUCUCAACCUUCUUCAUCCCUUGAUUGCUAUGCCAUUGAUGUGCUUGAUUCACUUGUUUUCUCUAAGUUCUUGCAGGCACAAUCUAAUGAGCCAUUACAAACUGUUUUGACUCAAUCUCAAGAUGAGUUUGAUGAUGAAGAUGCAUUCAUGGAAGUGGUUGCUGCCUUGGAAGCAUUAGCACCAUAUCCUUUAAAUGUUUCACCUCUUGUAGAGUCAUUAGAACCAUCAAGGUCACAUUUAAUCCCUUCCAUUGUUAAGGCACCUAAACUUGAACUUAAACCACUUCCACCACAUCUAAAAUAUGCAUAUCUAGCUGAAUUUGAAACUCUUCCAGUUAUCAUAGCCUCGGACCUCACUCCUAAUGAAGAAGAUAAACUACUUAGGGUGUUAAAAGAGUCCAAAUCUGCUAUUGGUUGGUCUAUUGCAGAUAUCAAGGGAAUAAGCCCUACUAGGUGCAUGCAUAGGAUCCUUUUAGAGGAUGGAGCAAAGACAACCCGUGAGCCACAAAGAAGGCUCAAUCCACACAUGAAAGAAGUUGUGAGGGAUGAAGUAUUGAAGUUGUUAGAUGUGGGGAUCAUAUAUCCUAUUUCUGAUAGCAAAUGGGUGAGUGCCAUUCAAGUGGUACCAAAGAAGGUGGGAAUCUCAGUAAUGAGAAAUGAAAACCAAGAACUUGUGCCCACAAGACCCACGGCUAGAAUGGAGGUAGACAAAGCCAAAAUUGACAUCAUUAACAACAUGGCAGCUCCCACAACCGUGAAGGGAGUGAGAAGUUUCUUAGGGCAUGCAGGCUUUUAUAGACGUUUCAUUAAGAACUUUUCAAUGAUAACUCGGCCAUUAUGCAAUUUGUUAGCUAAAGAUGUUGUGUUUCACUUUGAUAAAGCUUGUAUGGAUGCAUUCCAUACUUUGAAACAUGAACUAACCUCGGCUCCUAUCAUUAUGGCACCAGAUUGGUCCCUACCUUUUGAAUUGAUGUGUGAUGCCUCUGAUUAUGCUAUUGGUGCAGUUUUAGGACAAAGGGUUAACAAACUCCCACAUGUGAUCUAUUAUGCAAGCCGGACUCUCAAUGAUGCUCAACUCAACUACUCCACAACUGAAAAGGAGUUGCUUGCUAUUGUCUUUGCUUUAGAAAAGUUUAGGUCAUAUCUUGUGGGAUCUAAAGUUAUUGUGUUUUCUGAUCAUGCAGCCCUUAGGUAUUUGAUGACAAAGAAGGAUGCUAAACCGCGCCUAAUUAGAUGGAUACUCUUAUUACAAGAGUUUGAUUUGGAAAUCCUAGAUAAGAAGGGAAGUGACAAUGUUGUGGCUGACCAUUUGUCUAGGCUUGAUGAGAACCAUGGAGUUGGACCACCCUUGCCUCUAAAUGAAUCAUUUCCAGAUGAACAACUCUUUGUUGUUCAAGAAAAAGAACCAUGGUAUGCUGAUUUUGUCAAUUACCUUGCUUGUGGUGUAUUGAGAGAUGACAUUUCGUUUCAGGAAAGAAAGAAGUUCCUUGCUAUGGUAAAACAUUACAUUUGGGAUGAACCAUACUUGUUUAAGUAUUGUCCUGACCAAAUCAUUAGGAGAUGUGUCCCAGAAAGUGAACACCAAAGCAUUCUAACAUUUAGCCAUACAUUGGCAUGUGGAGGACAUUUUGGUGCCAAAAAGACAUCCCUAAAAGUUUUACAAUCUGGUUUCUUUUGGCCUACUUUAUUCAAAGAUGCUUUUGAUUUUUGUUCUAAGUGUGAUAGGUGCCAGAAAAUGGGGAACAUAAGCCGAAGGAAUGAGAUGCCUUUGAACAACAUUUUGGUGGUAGAACUCUUUGAUGUUUGGGGAAUCGACUUCAUGGGACCAUUCCCAUCCUCUUUUGGUUACUUGUACAUUUUAGUAGCUGUAGAUUAUGUAUCUAAAUGGGUUGAAGCCAUUGCUACAAGAACUAAUGAUCAUAAGGCUGUGUUGAACUUUCUUAAAAAUGAUAUUUUUUGUAGGUUUGGAACACCAAGAGCUAUUAUUAGUGAUGGUGGUAGCCAUUUCUGCAACAAACCCUUUGAAUCCUUGAUGAAGAAGUACAACAUCAACCACAAAGUGUCAACCCCGUACCAUCCUCAAACCUCAGGACAAGUGGAGAUAAGCAAUAGGGAGAUCAAGAACAUUUUGAUGAAAACCGUGAGCCCUACAAGGAAGGAUUGGUCUUUGAGGUUGAAUGAUGCACUUUGGGCAUAUAGGACAGCAUACAAGACUCCCAUUGGCAUGAGUCCAUAUCGACUUGUGUUUGGGAAAGCUUGUCAUUUGCCAAUGGAGCUUGAACACCGUGCAUAUUGGGCCAUCAAGAAGUUCAAUUUUGAUUACAAGGAUGCGGGAGUAGCAAGAAAGCCCCAACUUAAUGAGUUGGAAGAGCUUAGAAAUGAGGCAUAUGAGAAUGCCAAAAUCUACAAGGAAAGGACUAAGCUCUAUCAUGACAAGGCCAUCAUGAGGAAGGAGUUUCACCAAGGUAUGAAAGUACUUUUGUAUGACUCACGUUUGAGACUUUUUCCAGGAAAAUUGAAGUCUAGGUGGGUUGGACCAUUCAAGGUGGUGCAAACAUUUCCACACGGAGCUGUGGAGAUUGAGAGCAUGAAGAAUGGCACCUCCUUUAAAGUCAAUGGGCAGAGAUUGAAACCAUACUUGGACAAUGUGGAGGAUGAGCUAAUGUAUCAAGUUGUGGAUUUUCUUGAGUUUACAACACCAUGA